AAGGUACAUGCGCGUUGCAGUACAAGUAUCGAACGCUUCACUCUAAACAGCAAUCGAGGCUUCAGCAAAGCAGCAUCGCAACAUUUGCAUUGAAAACAAACAUCCCCCCCGAUUCCCCGAUCGAUGUCAGGUGACCAGCAGGUUAAGGAAAGCCAAAGGAUGCCACCGGAACCGAAGGAAACGGCUCCGUGCCAGGAGAAGACGGACGAUGAGCAGCACACCGAAUCGAGCGAUGAACACGAGACACCUGCAAACGACGAGGAGGAAAUCGAUCUGGAAGGUGCCAGUGACGAAAUUCUGGAACUAAACGAUCGGCUCGAUUCGCUUAGCACCGUGCUGGACAGCAUCGAACAGCAGAACGAUGAUCUACGGGCACAGAUAUUGCUGUUGCUAGAUUCGCAACGCGAGACGCUGAAAUCGUUCAAGGAGGAAAACCGUCGUAUGGCUGGGACCGGUACAGAACCAAAGGAUGAAACCGAUGAACCGAUGGAGCAGAGCUAGAGUGCGGCAGGCGUUACCAGGAUUGUGUUGGGGCUAUCAUUCCUGUAUUGUUUGAUAGAGUUUGUUUUAUACUAUCGUUUAAUUGUGAAUCGUUCUGAGAAGCGAACACAGCACAAUAGAGAGGAGCUAUCAACGAUUGACGAAUGUCGUACUAAAUUUACGGCUUUUCCGAUACAAUUAGAACUGUUUUGGGGUGGGAUUUAGAUAGAAAUAGGAUCGAUGGCGUUCGUCAAAUGAUCGAUACGUUGACGGAUAUCAGUUAUUGAUGAAAGGAAAGAUUACAAUUGUUUACAUUUGUGAAAAAUUUAA